AUGAAAAUACGUCCGUGCACUAAUCAGUCUAUAAUUCCGGAUUCGAAACGAAAAGGUAGCGUUUCAGUAUACCCUUGUAAGAAGGAUGUGAAUUCAUUGACAGUAACAAAAAAAGCAAUAACCUGUCCAGUAUGCGUUAAAGCAAGCCCUAUUACUGCUUCUAGUGCGGAAGAGGUAGAUGGAAAUCGCCUCAAGAGUUGCGAAGUUUUACUGCCAACUGCGGUUAUCACGGUGGACGACGUGCAAGGACAAUCGCUGAACUUUAGGGCAUUUUUGGAUCAAGGAUCGCAAGCCUCAUUUAUCACAGAACGCGCCAUUCAACAAUUACGUUUACCUCGGCAGCGAGCUUGGGUUCACAUACAGGGUCUAGCAGGUACCAAGGUGGCCGAGGGACGGUCAUGUGUGGUUCUUGAAGUUGGCUCCCGCUUUGACGCACGAUCAAGAUUAAAUGUUAUAGCCUAUGUAUUGUCAAAGGUAAGUCGGAACUUACCCGAUAAAACGUUGCCAGUUACAAAUUGGCCUCACUUAAUGGAUAUCGAACUAGCGGAUCCAGAGUACAACAAAUCUCAUCGAGUAGAUAUCUUAUUGGGAAGCGACGUCUAUGAUGACAGCAUAUUGGGUGAUUUGCGGCGAGCAUAUGUAGGUGCGCCAAUUGCACAGAAAACUAUUUUUGGUUAUAUAUUAUCGGGAAAACUGUCUAAGGCGUCACCGAAAACGACUAAUAUUUCAUCUUUACAAACACACAUAGACAUCGAUGAGUUGUUAUCUAAAUUUUGGGAACUGGAGGAAGUUGCGAGCGAGCAAACUUUAUCGGAAAAUGAUCAUUGGUGUGAGGAAUUUUAUCGCGACACACAUAAGCGUUUAGAAAGUGGAAAAUACCUUGUGCGCUUACCUUUGCUAACACAUCUUGAUCCGUCAUGUGUCAUCGGAUCUUCGAAGAAUAUGGCGAUGAAAAGGUUCUUAAAUCUUGAACGUCGACUAAAUCUGGACCUUCAACUAAAGCAAACUUAUCGCGAAACAAUUGAAGAAUAUCUUCGCCUAGGGCAAAUGGAGCCAGUUACGGCAACAGAUUCUCAGCAUCAAGACGAAGCGGAGGGCAGCUUCAGGUUUUGGACUUGUUGUUAUUUACCGCACCAUCCGGUUGUUAAGAAAGAAUCAUCUACUACAAGGGUGCGAAUUGUUUUUGACGCUUCGAGCUGCACCAGCAAUGGAAAAUCACUAAAUGACAUUCUGGCUGUAGGGCCACCUCUACAAACGGAUUUGCUAGCUGUCUUGAUAAAAUGGCGUUUCUUGCAAUUCGUUUUUACAACGGACAUCGAAAAGAUGUAUCGCUGUAUAAAUGUUCAAAAUGAGGACGCGCAAUACCAGAGGAUUCUUUGGCGAAAUGAACCAACGGAAGAGAUAAGAGAGUACUUUUGCAAUACAGUUAUGUUUGGCACUGCAUCGGCUCCAUUUACCGCAAUACGCACGAUGAAGCAGCUGGCUAGUGACGAAGGGGAUCGCUACCCUUUAGCUGUAGAUGUGAUCAAUCGACAGAUGUAUGUAGACGACAUUUUGUCUGGGUGGAAUUCUCUUGAAGAAGCGAUGAAGGUUCAGGAACGGGUAUCAUGCGAAGUGGCACAUUCGAGCUUC